UUUCAGCGAGAGGUUUCAUUCACGAUCAGUCAAGCAAGUCGUGAGUGUGUGUGUUUUAGUUGUUCCCUUCUACCUCUACUAUAUCACGAAUGAACGAUUUUCACAUUCGAUUUUAUCUCAACGUCAAAUAAAAAUCGAAUAUACAUUUGGAAAUAUUUGUACAGAAGGAGUGUUACUGUAGCAAGUUAAACGUUUUGUUUCGUGGAAACCAAUAUUUUCAAUUUUGUAUUUUCGAUCGUUUCGGAACGGACGUCAAAAAGGCUUUAUUUACCUCAGACAUGCAACUGAAAUUGAUUAUUUAAUGCAAGAGCUGUCGCGGAAUAGAUUUCUCCAAAAUUGUAACCAUGACGAUGUUUUCUUGGACAUCAGGUUCUGUUUUCUUCAUAAUAUUCAAACUUUUCCUUUGUACGUCGAAAGCUCAACAUGAUAUAGUUUACGACCUGUAUGAGGAAGAGCCCGACCUGUAUAUUGUAGGAAAUCUUGUAGAAAAUUUGGGACUUCAGCUCGGCUCUGGCGCCGCCUUCAGUAUUUUAGGAGAUCUUGAUUCAGUUCCAUUUGCUGUCAACAAUGAUGGUGAAUUGUAUACAACAGAGGUAAUAGAUCGAGAGGUUGGCAAAUGUAGUGAAUAUCUCGACGACGACUGCCAAUACAAUUUGAGAAUUUUGAUCAAAGACGGCAGCAACAUACAAGUGAAAAGGGUGUUGAUUAGGCUUAACGACACUAAUGAUAACAAUCCCAUAUUUUUCUAUAACCAAUAUCAAAUAGAUGUUUCUGAAUCCGUAGCAGUUGGUACAGAAAUUCCAAUGGAAAGCGCCGUGGAUGAAGAUGUCGGCGUGAACGACAUUGAUACCUACAGCCUCGACAGUACAUAUAAUGGUAUGUUCGGUGUUGUUGUGACAGAUACUGUCGAUGGGGCAAAGACUGUUCACCUCAAAAUCAAUCAAGCUCUUGAUAGAGAGACCAGGGAUCAGUAUAAUAUAGUUCUCAGGGCGAGUGACAACGGAACUCCAAAAAGAGAAGGAACAACAGUUGUCGUUCUGAAAAUCGUCGAUUCUAAUGACAACUCCCCGCAAUUCACGGAACCCGAGUACAGGAAAUCCGUGCCAGAGGAUGUGCCUGUUGGAUACGAAAUCCUCAAUCUACACGCAGAAGACACUGAUGAAGGCGAUAAUGCACAAAUUGAAUAUACAUUUGGCAACAGUGUAACUUCUAUUGUGAAAGAACAUUUUGAAGUUGACCCAGAUGAUGGCGUGAUACGCACAAUAAAAAAUCUAGACCACGAGAGAAACGACGUGUUUGUAAUGAUAAUAGAAGCGAAGGAUAAAGGUCAGAAUUCCAUUUCUGGAUUUGCUACCGUUACCAUAGAUGUUACAGAUGUGAACGACAAUGCUCCUGUUCUUGAGGUUAGCUAUUCAGCCGAUAUUGAUCGGGAAGGCAACACCAUACAGAUACUAGAAUCAAUCAAUGUGGGGACCUUUAUUGGGCUUCUCUUGGCCUCUGAUGCAGAUAGUGGUGAGAAUGGCCAAUUUGAUAUCUCCUUUGAUGGAACAUAUGGUCAUUUUAACUUGAUUGCAGACCCCUCUGCUCCCAAAGAGUUCGCUUUUACAGCAGGAUCUGGAAUAGACAGAGAGAAGAUACCAGAGUAUAACUUGACCAUCAUUGCGCAAGACAAAGGAAAUGAGAACAAUAGGAAAACCACUGUCCUUCAGAUAAAUAUCAUUGUGAACGACGUCAACGACUUCACACCCUACUUUACAAGUCCAGUAAACAGAUUUGUAAUGCCCGAACAUAAUGAUCCUGGUUACCUUGUCGACACCGUGAUUGCUUCAGACAAUGAUGAAGGAUUGAAUGCGGAGAUCAUUUAUACACUUGAAAAAGCCGACGGUUACUUCCAGAUAGAUCCGUCAAGUGGAGAAAUCACUGCCAUACAGUCCAUAGACAGAGAAUCGUCUGCAUCUCUAUCGUUUUAUGUUUCCGCUUGUGACAAGGGAACUCCACAGCUUUGCAAUACAACGUCUGUCAUAGUAGAGAUUUUGGAUAAGAAUGACAAACAGCCGUAUUUUCUUCAGCAAAAGUACAGCUUCGAAAUUCAAGAGAACAAAGCUGCACAAACGUUGAUUGGUCGAGUCACUGCAACGGACGAAGAUGUAGGAGUGAAUGGAGAAUUGAGAUACACUUUGUCAGGAUCUAGCGACAAUUUUAUUAUUAACAGUUCAACCGGAAAAAUAUAUAGCAAAAGACCAUUUGACCACGAGGAAAAGAAAAUGUACAGGUUGACAGUAGUUGUAAGUGAUGCUGGUAUCCCGGCUAAAACUAAUCAAGUUAUUGUAGAAAUUAUCAUCAAAGAUAUCAAUGACAAUGCUCCAUUUAUUGCUUUCCCAACACCAAACAAUGACACAUUUUUCAUUCCUGCAACCGCACCGUCUGAUUUUUGGAUUAUCAACGUCAUUGCUUUUGAUAUUGAUGAUGGGCGGAAUGGUUUAGUGGAAUAUUCAAUUAAAGACGGCAAUAAGAAUGACGCAUUUAAAAUAUUAAGUAACGGUACAGUUAUGACAAAACGCGACCUUAUUAAAGACUGGCAAGGUGUCUACGAUUUGAAGAUAAAUGUUACCGACAAAGCGUUACAAAAGAAAUCGAAUGUGACAGAUCUCACCAUUGUGAUUGCCAACAAGGAAUUCAGUGAGCCUCUUCGGCUGUCUGAAUUUUACAGACGUUUCAAUCUAAGUGUUCAGUAUUACCGAGAUUUGUCGCGUAGCACAAACGAUGAGGCUAACUGGCCUUACAUUGUGGUUAUCGCACUGGGUGGUGUUGCCUUCAUCCUGUUCAUCAUAUUCUGCGUAUUGUUAGCAAGAUGCCAUAGGAAGGACAAGAUGGAACACACCUACAAAGUGCCAAAGGAAGAGGAACUCUUCCAGGCGGGUAAGGUCUCUGUGGAUGGCAAGAAAGAUCCAAAUAACCAGCUAGUAUCGCCAGCACAUGAAACGAACCCGGCACCUUAUGCUCAAUCCAAGAACAUAAUGAAAUGGAAGAUGCAGUCACCAGAUGCAAGGCUUGGCAACAAGCAGAUGAUGACGUUUAGCAGCAACUCUGAUUUGAAUACUGGUAGUAACCCAUCUCUGGCAUCCACACGUAACACCCAUGAAGCUGAUGCAGAGGUACAGAGGCUUUUGUAUAAAUUAAAAAUAAAUGAUACAGACAGCAUGAGUAGUAACUCCGAAAUGGACCCGAGCAGCGACAGUGGACACGGUGACAGCGAACAUGAUGCUUACUCGAGACACGAUGUUGGCCGUAACCACCCAAGAAAUGCGUUGAAAAACAGAAGUACAUACAUGGCCAGUCCGCACUGCACGCCGGACUGCAAAGUUUACGGACAUUCUGAUCUAUGUUGGAUGCCGGAUCCUAACCAGGAUCCCAUCUUACUCACAAAGCAACGCCAAAAUGCAACUAAUUAUCACGGCGGAAACACUAGACCAAGUCCCAUCACGAACAGUUACCUAUCAACAUUUGAUCCGGGUGAAAAUGUGCAUAAGGCAGCAUCGUGUCCGCAGAUAGUCACUGCGACGGGACUCGCGGCUGUGUCAGGAACUCGGAGUAUAGAAGACCCUGACCAUGGGCGUGUCAAGUCUCCAGGAGCACAGCCUUUGACCCCUAUUCGUGAAGAUCCACAUGAAAAUAGUGAUUUAGAUUUGAAAAACUCAGGAACAAUUGAUGGAAAAGUUACAUUCCAUCGCGAGAGGGGUAAUCACGCCCCUGCCUCAAAAAACUAUGACAAUUUUCCAGGUCGCAGUAGUAGUUGUUCUGUCCUACCGCAGACGUCUCCGUCGGUAGGACUUUUACGAAACGACUCAGGAGUGAUUACAUCUAGAGGAAAUAGCUCGGACAAUUUAGCUUGCUCUGCGAUUAACGGAGAUCCCGAUGAUAUAUGUUCAUAUUCAACUGUUCCCGGGAGACACAGAAUGGAUCCAAUGUAUGACCCUGAAAAGUUGACCCCAACAUCAGAAAAAUUUUUCUCAGAGUGGGUUUGAUUGCAAUGUUUUUUGAAGAAAAAGGACUUCAUUUUGCUUCAUAUUUUCAGCAAGUUAUAUGGCAUAUCAUGAUUCAUUUUACUGGUUAUAGAAUAUAACAUUGAGUCACUUUGUAAUGAUUCAUACGGCAUGCUAUUUCAUUAAUGUGCUAUUUCACAGAUCUUUCAAUUAUGAAUUGAUUACUUUAUGUAUAAUUUUAUUUUUAAUUUCAAGUUUUUAAAAAUAUUGUCAAAAUGACUAUCGGAUUGUAAUAAUAAUAUUGCUUACUUUUGUAAGAAAACUUCAUGAAAAUUGCUGCUUUAUAAUAUGUAGGACCACGGUAGGACAUAUGUCUAUUUAAUAGUGUCACUCACCAUCAGGUGCUAAAUACUGUAAAAAUUUAGGAAUAUAUUGAUAUUGCACCAAGCGGAAAUAGGGUCGUUUCAGAAACUACCCUUUACACCUCCUUUCAUACAAUAUCUAUAGUCUUUAGACAUUAUUCAUUCCUCAACUUUUUGAGAUAAUAUAUAUGUAUAUUGUACCUAUUUAACUGACCAUAAAGGAGGUGGGGAUGUGGGGAGGGGGGAAGGUGAGGGAAUAACCAAAUUUGUAAAUUUAUGAGAAAAUUUUCAGUUCAUUAUUCUCAAUUAUCUCACUGAAAAGUUGACAAUGAACCAAAUUGAAUCAACUUGUUCUGGCAAAUUCUUCAUUCUUAAGACAACAAAGAACUCUUGUUUGCUAUUUUCAUAUAUAAUAUUUCAUGUUUGACUGCACAAAUGGUAAUUACCUGUGUUUACAUAAUUAUGCAACAGGUUUGCCAAAAUAUUCUAUCCAAUUGUAGAAUAAUGUUUAUAUUUGAAAAAAACAGACUGAGGAGUCUUGAAAUACAAUUGGUUAAAUUCGAAUAAUUGUAAUUAUUUAUUGUCCAACGAUGCAAAGAUAGAUUUUGUGUUCGUUUAUUGAUCUGUAAUUAUAAUUCUUUCAGAUUUAAGUGCUUGAAAUUUCCUUCACUUGAUGGAGAUGUUUGGUGCUAAGGUUGCCUUUGAAAAUAUUUAAUGUUUCGACAAAUUUAGCGCAUUUGAAUUGUAUUUGAAAGAACAAUAUCAUAGUCAUUGCCUGGGUUAUUUCCAUCUAUGAAAAUGGGUUUGAAACCAAUGUAACUGAAGCACUGUAACUAUUAAACAAAUAACGAGUAUUCAGUUAGUUCGAUGGUACUUUUUAUCAAUGAUAGGAAGUAAAGUUAUUAAAAAUAUUAAUAUAAAAUAUCAUCAGUUUUCUUUGAAAGAGCACAAACCAAUCUCAUUCAAGUUUAACUUGUUGGAACAAUAUUAUAUUCAUUGAUCGGUAUAACUAGAAGCAAACAAUAAAUAGAAAGAACAUUAAAUGUUGUUUUAAAUAUUUUUGGUUGAAUUCUAGAAUAUUUGUUUAAUGAAUCUUUUGCCUGGAUUUAAUAUCACAGAACAAAACAACCGAACAAAGUAUUUUUCUAUAUUAUAAUUUCAUGAUUAGGAGCAGGGCCUCCUCAGUUUAAUUUUCUGUUUAUCAUUUUUUUUAAAAGAUAUAUAAUUUUACAAUGAGCUUACACGACAAUGGUAGCUGCAGUGAUUGUGAUUUAAGCCCUCUACCAUAUGGUCGAGGUUCGAAUCCUAAAACAGUCAUUCAUUUUGAUUAAGUAUUUUAUUUGCAUUUUGUCUUUCUACACCCAGACGUUGGGGUACAUAGUAGGUUGCAAAUGUUCUUACUAAUCUAGCUGGAUAUGCAUACAUGGUUUGGCCUACAAAUACUCCCGCUGGAUACCAUAAUACACCCCAGGGAUACCAUAAUACACCCCAGGGAUACCAUAAUACACCCCAGGGAUACCAUAAUACACCCCAGGGAUACUCCCCAGGGAUGCACAUAUAUUCCACAUGGUUAAGUGUAAUGAUUGCUAUUGUGAGACAAUGUAGAAAUGUUAUAUAAAUAAAUACAAUACACUGCACUUUACAAGUUGUGCUAAUACUAUAUUGACACUAUUUUCAUUAUGUGAGGUACAUUCUUUUCAACUAAUGCCAAAUUAAACAAACACUUUUUCAACAAGAUUAUAAAUUUACACAUAAAUAAAAAAACAAAAUAAACUUUUGAAUGUAUUUCUUGAUGUUUUUGUAUAUUUUGUAAUAAAAAUAAUUUAUACAUA